UGUACAUGUUGAUGCAUAUGUCAUGGCAUGCAUUUUUUUUAACCUUUGAUUGAAGAAUUGAAACAGAAUAUUUUAGAAAAAUAUUUGAAAGUCACUUAGUGGAUAAUACUAGUACUUUUAGGUGCAUGUGUCAUUAGAUCAAUGCAUUUCUCUCUUUUGAUCAAACAAUUAAGACCAGUGUCAUUACUUAUUCAAUAAUUCAAGUGCACAUUUUCUGCUUAUGGUUUCCCACCAACAUUGUUGAUUAUGUUGUCACUGUGACUGAUGACAAAUGUCACCAAAAUCAAGUUGUCACCAGAACUGAUUUGAUCGCAAUUUUCAAAAAGAUUGAUGCUGACAAGUUACAAGCCUGAACCGAAAGGGGAUAUGUUUGUUCUUUGUAUUUUGCAAAUCAAACCACUAUGUAAUCUGUAACAAUUGAUCCAAGUUUGGUUUUACAAUCGACCAUAUAACUGGAGUUCUUCCUUUGACUUUUCUGUUUUGAACAGUAUUGCAUUGAUUCCUGAUUCUAGCCUGCUGCAGCUCUUAUUCCAUUUCAUUUACCAUUUGUGAAGACUAUUUUUGCUGGUUGUGAGAUUAUCAUGAAACUUGAUAAUUUGAUUAGAAAUCGAUGUAGUAUCUAGUGACUUGAUGUGCUUUGCAUAAGCUGAGAAAAAUAGGAAUAUUGGCUGCAUGCUGAAUUAAAAGCUGUAGUGAAAUCUUCCAGUCACUAUAUACCAAAUCUAAAGUUGGAGUGAAAUCUCUCCAUUGUUUCAUUGUAUAAAAUCGUAAUGAGCACCUACUUGUAUAACUUCUAGUGAAUUGCUCCAUCUUGGUUAACAGACUGUAUUAUUUAUAAUUUAACGUAUGUGGUAUCAUUGUUAAUAAUUGGUACAAUGGAUGAAAAGACUGAUCCAACUUGUAGAAGUGGGAGGAAGAAAAAACAGGCUGAGGAUUUGAAAGUGACAACAAAGAAAAAGACUGGAGUUGAGGGGGCAGUGGGAAAAGAGAAAUAUAGCAUGGAGAAAAACAGUGUAACAGAUAGGGAUGUUGCCAUGACAGACAGGGAUGUUGCCAUGACAAGCAGAAGUGAAAUGAGAACUAAAGAUGGCGACUGUCACAGUAGUUCUGACAGGACAAGGAGUAUCCUUGUUCCUUACAUGCAGAAAAUCAAUAACACUGAAAUAUGCCGUUUGCAUGUGACACACCUGUACGUGACAUCUGCGUCCUUGCGACGGAGAAAACAUCACGAUGACUCUAAUAUUUCCCAAAAUGCAGAGCCAUCAUCGCAGGAUGAUUUAUCUGGGAACCAGUCUGAACAUUUGACGGGAACUGCAACUGCACAAGAUCAUUUAGCAUUAACACAGGCAGUAGGUUCCUCAGGAUCUGUAGAGGAUAAUACAAGUAUUUCUGUUUCAAGAAAAAAUGAAAGGGAAAAGGGUGGUGACUUUCUGAAGUCUGCUCCAUCAUCUUCUGCUUCAAGAAGAACUGAAAGGAAAAAGGAAGAUGAAAUGCCAUCAAAGCGCUAUCUGCUAAAUGAAAAGCUAUAUGAUAAAAAGUUAGAUUCUGCUACAAAUAUGCCAAAGGGUUUUCCUUAUUAAGGGAAAAUGUGAGCAUUACAGAUUACAUAUGUCCUAACUAUAAAGUAAAUCAUUAAAAUAAUCAGAGAUUUAAUUUAUGAUAAUCAUCAUCAUGGUAUUCUUGUAAUAAAAAGGAAUGAUAGAAAUAUGAUGGAAGUAAUCAAUAAUUGUUAAUGAAUCUUAAUCUUAGUGCUAAACAUUGUCCAGUCAGAUUAAGUGUAUAGAAACAAAACUGAGAUUAAAUCUGUACUGUAAAGACAUUUUGAGUGUUUUUAAUUGCUACACCAUUUCUAAAUAACAAUGUCUGUGUGCUCAAAUCUAGAUCAAAUUGCACCAGAUGUGAUUAGUUUCUCCCCAUCUGAAGAAUGCCCUCUACCUUCUAGACUUAGGCCAGAAAUAAUCUUAUUGAUAACAUCAGAAGAUCAGGUAAAGUGGAGUAGCAUUUCUCAGAUCUACCUAUUGGGGGAAUAUUAUUCCUGGAAUCUGUUUGUCUGA